AUGACUUCAGAGAACGAGCAAACUCCGGUACAGGUCAAAAGGCCGCGCGACCCGGACAUGAUAGGCGCCGAGGCGGCCAUGCACCGGGCCGCCAAAAUCGCUCGGAAGCGGGCUUUCGACACCAUCGGCGCUGUGGCGGUGUUCAAAGAUGGGAAAAUGGUGUGGGAAAAACCCGACGGUACCUACACGGACGAGCUUGAAUACGACCCUGAGAUGAAGAAGAAGGUUUAA